AUGGCUGUGGUAUCAACAACGCUGACUUCGCCGAUAUCGGCAGGUGACACGGAGCUGCCCGUUGAGUCCACCGAGGGUUUCAGCGUGGGCGACACCGUCGUAAUCGAGGGCGGCAACAACAGCGAAAGUGUGGUCAUCGCCAGCGUUGGGUCUAUCGUGCUGGCCAGCGGCGUCAACAGCGACUACCCGUCCAGCUCCACCGUCACCUUAUACGUCACAACGACCGCUUCGUCGACAACGACCAUCACGUUCACGAGCGGCUCGUCGACGGCCACGGCCACCUCGUUCACAGCGACCACCGCCUCGACGACCACGACCUUGACAACCACGGAUUCGUCAAGCCUGUCGAGCUCGUCGUCCUCCUCGGCCACCUCCAGCGGCACUGCCUCCAGCGGCACUACGUCGACGUCUGCCAGCUCGACGCCCACCUCGGCCACCUCGAGGUCUACGGCGACUGUGACCACGGCGACGACUACGACUGCGACCCCGUGCGGCGACUUCAUUCCCGAUGGAGAGGACAAGUGGUACGACUCGCUGGGGGAAUCGUACGACUGCGACUGGUACGCCACCGACAGCGACGUCUACUGCGGGAUCUUCGCCGACGAGACCUCCCACUUCGGCGUGACCGCGAACGAGGCCUGCUGCGUCUGCGGUGGUGGCGUCAGCCACCCGACGACCGUCACGAACACCAGCACCACCCCGUGCACCGACUGGCAGCCGGGUCAGUAG